GUAAAAGCCGACAAAGGAAAUCUCUCUCCUGCGCUUAUCCCCCUCCCUCGGCAUGGACUCGCCUCCGCCUCCUCCUCGAGCCCCGCCACCGCCGCUGGCUGUCGAACCCCUGACGUCGACGGAGUCUGACCGCCAGCACACUGAGGCCUCCUCCCCCUUGCCUUCUGUAAUCCUCAGCCAUAGCCUUUUUAUCAUCGCCGGCAUCAUCGUCUGCGUCAUCGUCGCCUCCUUCUCCAUCCACCUCCUCCUCCGCUUACUCUCCUGCCGUCGCCGCUCUUCCUCCGCGGUGGCCGCCUUGCCGCUGCCGCUCGCACGUUCCCUUCCCGCCUCGGGCUCCCCCUCCCUCGCCGCCGCGGCCAGUUCGGUCAUCGCCGACCAAGAGAAUGCGGCGCUCAUCGACUCCCUCCCGGUGUUCACCCUGGCCUCCGCCCUCGCCUUCCUCCCCAAGUCGUCGCUGGACUGCGCCGUCUGCCUUUCCCGGUUCCGCCCCCAGGACGAGCUCCGCCUCCUCCCGGCUUGCCGCCACGCCUUCCACUGUUUGUGCGUCGACCCUUGGCUCCGGACGACCCCUUCGUGCCCCCUCUGCCGCGCCUCCAUCUCCCUUCCCGGCCCGCCCCUCCAGCUGCUGCCUCCCGUCACCGGCGACCGGGAGCCCUCAAGGUCCGGUAGCUUCCGCAUCGAAAUCGGUAGCGUCAGCCGCCGGAGGACUCCAUCAGCGGAGGAACCGGGAAACCACCAGCAGCCACCGCUACCGCCGAACCUGAGGACGUACUCGAUAGGGUCGUCGUUCGAGUACCUGGUGGAGGAGGAGGUGGAGGCGGUGGUGGCGCGGAUCGCGAGGCGGAAGGAGAAGGUGGAGAAGCCAGGUGAAGACACGGCCCCCGCCGCCGCGGCGGACACGGCGCCUGCGGCGCCAGGGGAGGGGGUGGCUGAGGCGGCUGGGGGCGGGCGUGGGUGGCUGAAGGAGUACGUGGACCGGCUGGCCUCGUCGGCGUCGUCGUCCUUCUCUUCGCUCCGCCUCUCCGGUCGCUGGAGCCACCGCUACGACGGCGACGUCGGGCGGCAGUCGUGGGACCUGGAGGGGAGCGCACGGCGGGACGCGGAGGAGGGCGGUUACUACGCUUUCUACCGGUGGCUGAUAGGGGCAUAACCGACAUUUCAUGCUCUCUCGAUCCCCUCCUGUCACUGCCGCCACCGAAGCUUCUCUUCGGAUAACCCCCCACCCCACCCAUUCUAACCCGACGCCUACCCCUGUGUCCCUGUGUUCCCAAGUCCACCUUGGGUCGACUCGAUGGACCGAUGCCCAUCGGUGGGACCCACACCAGUUGUAAUAAACAGAAGAAAAGAAAAGAACAGAAUAACCAAAAACGAUUUGCCAGGAAAUGUUUCUGUGAUGUUGAGAAUUACUGCCACCAUGAUUCCAUUCCUCGCCGGCGCCCGAGCUUGUUUCACCAUCAGCGUCCGUGGUACAUCAAAUCCUCUGCUUCUUCUUCUUGUUGUUGUCGUUGUUGCUGUGCUUUUGUUCUUGUUGUGGGAGUCGCAAAGUAGGACGACGAGGGAGAGUUAAAGAAGAGGCGAGGGGAGGAGCAGUAAAACUGAAUAGAGUCAUGAGGAGUUUGAAUGCUCCCAUUAAUACAUGCUUCAUUACACCGCCUGGCCACCUGCACCUCAUUUAAGCCGAACAUGUGUACUCUUGCCGCGGGGUUGGUGGUGGUGGUGGUGGUGGUGGUGAUGAUCUGUUGUCUUCUCCCUCCAUCUACAACAUUAAUUACGGAUCACUGUUAAAACAAAAGGAAAGGUUAUGUUACCGGAG